UCUAUCUAUCUAUCUACAGUCUCUACAGUGUACUCGGCCAGUGUAUAAAUUUAAUUUUGGUAAUUUUUUCAAUGGGCCUAGCAGCUGAUGUAACAUACCGGACCCUAGAUUUGUUGUGUGUAUUUUAGGGACGUAUUUAUAAUAUUUUAAUGUUUCUUUCACACAAUAUAAAAAAAUAAAGUAGAUUUUGUUUUGUUUACAAAAAAUUAGUAUCUGAAGGAAAGUUGUACAGGUGUGUUGGUAAACAUUAAACAGUGGGCCCUGUGAUGUUUUAACAUGAGGUACUGCAGUGUAAUUGUAAAAAUAAUAAUACCAGUCAAGAUAAAAUCUUUUUUUCGUUCCGGAAAAAUGACCUAAGAGUAGUAUUGGCGAAAUUUACAGGCCAACCUUCCUCCUCGAUUCCGAAAAAAUGGAGUGUGAUAUGCUCAGAACAUUAUUCUCCUGAUGACCUUAAUAGGACUUCAAAAAGACUACGACCUGGAGCCAUACCAUCCUCUAACCUCCAGUCAUCAGCAGUUCAAGAUCAUUCCUAUGCGCCCCAGGUCCCCCAGGAGACCACGCUUAAUAGGCUGUGUGCCUCAAACAACAAUCUACAACAAACUUCGAGUAAGGAACACCAGGCUAAAGCAGAAAGUAAAAUCUUUGGAGGAUGCCCGGGAGAAUAUAAAAUCCGACCUUAGUGCUGAGGCAUAUCUUCAAAACCUGGACAAAAACCUGAACCUUGUGGGAGCCACAAAAAUAAAAUUAUCAAAAAAAUAGUCUCAUUGUGAGAGACAAUGAGAGCCAAGCAUCACUGCAAUUUGCAAAAUUCUCAAGAGAACCAAGGUCCGAGUUCAGCUGUCCAAGUUCUCAGAGAACCAAGGUCCGAGUUCAGCUGUCCAAGUUCUCAGAGAACCAUGGUCCGAGUACAGCUGUCCAAGUUCUCAGAGAACCAUGGUCCGAGUACAGCUGUCCAAGUUCUCAGAGAACCAUGGUCCGAGUUCAGCUGUCCAAGUUGAUAAUUCAAAAAUCAUAAGGUAUAAUCGUUCAUUAUUGUUUACAAUAUUAUAUUAUAACAACAUUUUUUAAAUAAAGAAUUCGG